AUGUCUCGUUCAUCUUACGACCGUUACCUCACGGUAUUCUCUCCUGAAGGUCGGCUAUACCAAGUCGAAUACGCCUUCAAAGCUAUCUCAGGCUCCGGUAUAACAGCCGUCGCCGUACGUGGAAAAGAUACCUCAGUAGUUAUCACCCAACGUAAAGUUCCCGAUAAGCUUUUGGACCCAAGCACCAUCACCCACUUAUUCCAAAUCACUCCCACCAUUGGAUGCGUCAUGACUGGUAUGAUAGCCGAUGCUAGAUCUCAAGUGCAAAGGACAAGAUCAGAAGCAGCUUCGUUCAGGUACAAAUACGGUUAUGAAAUCACCCCAGAUGCCUUGGCGAAACGUAUGGCAAAUAUCAAUCAAGUGUAUACACAACGUGCCGGUAUGCGACCCCUGGGUAUAUCUAUGAUACUCAUUGGACAAGAUGACGAGCGUGGACCACAGGUUUUCAAAUUGGACCCAGCGGGAUUUUUCGUAGGUUUCAAAGCUACCGCCGCAGGUCAAAAAGCAACGGAAGCGACAAAUUUCUUGGAGAAGAAAUGGAAGACUAUGGAAAGUGAGAAUACCCUACUGGACCGAGCUGGCGUCAUUGAGAUGGCCAUUGAAUGUCUAUCUACGGUAUGUAUGACGGACUUUAAGGCUGAGGAGAUUGAAAUUGGGAUCUCUUCGACGUCUCCUGAUGAACCAGCACCAGAGGGUAAAGGGAUGGGCGGUAAGGGUCUGUUCAGACAGAUGGGGGAGGAGGAAAGAGGGGAAUGGUUGGUGAGGGUUGGUGAGAAGGAUUGA